CAACAAUCUCAUCUUCAUCUCACUUCACUCACUUCACUCACUUCAAUCAACUUUUCUCAAGCCUUCCAGCUUCAAACAAACCAACCGCAAAUAUGCAAAUCUCCAAGAUCAUCACCACCAUUGUCGCCACUGCCUGUGUCUCCACUGCUCUCCCAAAUGACGGUGGCCACGGACAUGAGGGUGGCCACGGUAGUGACCGCCCCAACAACGGCAAUGUCCAGUGCGUCAACGGCUCCAACUACUGCUGCCAGUCUCAGGCCGGUCUCCUCGCCAUCGGCUGUGUCCUCCAGAAUGUUCUUGGUGCCUGCGCCAACCAGCAAGUCUGCUGCACCAACAGCGGUUCCGGAACCCAGAACUGUGUGAACCAGAACGGUCUCCAGAUCAACGUUGUGUUGUAAAUGCAACACUCGACUUGAUUCGGCUACUCGCCAAUACUGCCUUGGCCGGGUCCGCCGUUUGCACAUACCCUCGCCGGUGCGCGUGAUCGGCGUGCGCAUGGUCGACAUUCCUUACAUAUUCUCGCAUGAGCGAGAUGGUUCCUUUUGUUUCUUCUCGGGGUUGUAGUGGAGGAUAUCUGGUGAUAAUUCGGGCUUUUGGAUGAAUCUUUUCUAGUCUUUUGUCACGCGAAGUUGAGAUGGACGGGGACGCCUGUUGGGAUCUCCUGUGGCCUUUGUUUUAAUAAUGCUAGUAAUGGAUUCAUAAUCUUGCCUUUAAG